AGAUUGAAAUUGUGUCUAUCCACCUGGAGCAUGCCACAGAACCCGUUCACCCGAGCGCGUCGGUCAACUUCCCGAAACAACGCUGAAACAAUGAUCCAAAGCAACCAUUUCCAUAACACCUGCAGAGGUCCACCUGACCCAGUGGAGUACCCAAAUGUGCUGUUAGUAGUGGCCCAGUUGAGUACCUAAAUUGUUCCAGUGGAGUAUUCUUUAGAAUUAAUGUUAGCUGUUAAAAACAACUUGGCAAUCAUAGGUAACUAUGAAUGAAUCAUCGAUCUAGAACUAGACCUAUAUAAAAGGGUGGAUUCCAUGUAGCUACCGAUUGCAGACGAAGCAUCAUUUUAGGGUACAUAAAGAAGUUGUGUGAGAUCUGAGCAGGCCUCCUAGCUAGAAAUCGCGAGCCCAGCCACAGAGAGAGCUCGAGAGAGCACCAUUGAGGCAAUUAAGCACACACAAAUUAAGGGGAUUGAUCAGGAUGCUUCCUGUGUUGGCAUCAUCGAAAUUCUUCGCUUUCCGAACAGAGGUCAACGGCAAGUACCUGCAGUCCGUGUACCGCGAGGAUGGCGGGAGCCGCAUUGAGGCAAGCGCAGGCACCAUCAUCGCAGAUCCGCGAGCUUGGUUCUUCGUGGAGCCAUCGCGGAAAGGAGGGUUCCUGCAUGUUAGGUCCUGCUACAACAACAAAUACUGGGUGCCCGUGCAGGACAGCGGCCGCUGGAUCAUCGGCACCGCAGAUGAACCAAAGGACGACAUGUCCAAGCCCACAUCAUGCACCUUGUUUCAGGCACUCCCUGUCAAGGACAAUGACAACUCCAUCAGGUUCCUCCAUUGUGGCCUACAAAAAUUUGCUUGUGUCGUGUCCAUUGGUGCUAAAACCUACAUGCAAUUAGAUGAUGGAGAUGAUCACGGAAACAAGUGUGACAAUUUUACUGUUAGUUUCCCACAAGAAUUGCCUAAGCACGUUGCUUUCAAAGGCAUCAACGACAAGUACCUCAGCAUAAGGGCAUGUACAAUGGUGAUGACUCAGCUGUCUAUGGUCGUAUUGCAAAAGAAUAUACGAUUUCAGAUGAGAGAAAUCAAAGAUGCAAGAGCGAUUUUCACUACUUUCGCCAAUGCUGAUGGGUCGGUCCGUAUAAUGUCCAGCACUGGAGGUUUUUUGAGGCGCUUCACGGAUAACACGAUUCAGUUGGUACAAGAAGACGACAAUGACCCUAACUCAUGGUUCGAGGUGGUCACUGGGGAUGGCUUCGUUGCACUCCGGAAUCUGGGCAACAACAAAUUCUGCAGAAGUAUUAGUCCUGGGGAUGUCCUCUCUGCUUGCGAUGAUUCCAUAUCGCAAUGGUCAAAGCUGAAGUUGGAAGUGCCAGUUAAAGAAAGUGAGAUCAGUGUUGUCAAGUUCCACUUGGAUGAAGCAAGGAUUUAUAACAAAGAGCCUACCAAUGCUGUCACUAUUACUCGCAAUAACAAAACCAGCAGAGAGGUGAAGGCCACAUUUUCUUUCGCCAAGAAAGUAGAAAUGGUUAGUACAUGGGAAACAAAGGUUUCAUUGAAGAGAGGCCAGAAGUCGAUAUUCAACUUGGGCCCCUUGACGCCAACUUCCCGUGAAGCCACGGUAUCACUGUCCAAGACAACAUCUGAAAAAAGUAUGGAUGAAGUAACCGUAAUAGAGGAGUAUUAUAUUCCUCCGGGAACUAAAGUUGCAGGAACAUUUCAUGCAAUGAGAGCUUCGCGUGAUGUUCCCUACUCAUAUAAGCAAACAGAUGUUCUAACCACCGGAGAAGAAGUUAUUACCAUCCACGACGAUGGCAUCUAUACUAUUGCCAAUAACUACGAUCUCCACUUCACUGUCACUGAUGAUGAAGAGGAGAUCAGAAAGCUAGGAGGAUAAUACUGGUGAAUAAGCUCUAACUGAUGCUCUUUUUUUAAUGUUUGUUGUCGGAAUAAUCUUGGUGUUUAGAGUUAAGCUGCACGUAGUAGUACUCCUAUUUUUUCACUUGGUCUGUUAUGUCACCAUGCUAAACGUGUUGCAUGGGUCGCAUGUAUGUAAGCCUGAGAUGUGCACAUUCACAUCGAGGCGUUGUGUUGUCAGUUGCCCAGUCCCCCACCUUCGGAUCGUGGGAUGGCACGACAAGAUGGAGCUGCAAUCAGUGAGUGUUAUUAUGUAUUGUAAUUGUGACCUUUUGCUCCUGAAUAAUAAAAGAAAAGAGAGAAGAAAAGCUACAAUAA